AUGGCCGCAGCAAACCAAACUGUAGAUCUGGUCUCCAGCAUUCGCCGUUGCAACAGUUUGGUCGAGGCCAGGACGCUCCACUCGCUCGCUGUGGAGAAUUAUCGCAAGAACCAAACUUUUACGGCAAAUCUCAUGAUUGAGAUGUACGGAAGGUGUGGGGGCAUCGAUGAGGCUAGGAGGGUGUUUGAUGCAAUUGCUAGCAAGAAUGUUUUCUCGUGGACUAUUAUUCUAACAGUGUAUGCCCGGUCUGGGCAUCUGGAUGAGGCAAAGUCUGUCUUUGACACAAUGCCUGAAAAGAACGUUGUCUCGGAGACGACAAUGAUAAUGGCUUACGCAGAAUCUGGAAAACUUGAUCAAGCUAAGCUUGUUUUUGACAGCAUGCAAGAGCGCAACUUGUUUGCUUGGAACGUCUUGAUAACUGGAAAUGCCCGACAUGGGCAUUACAAAGGCGCUCUUAAACUGUCACAGCUUAUGGAUCUCGACGGUGUCAGGGCCGAUCGGAUCACGUUUCUCGCAGUUAUCGAGUCAUGCUCGGGGCUAAACGAUUUUCGAAAAGGCAGGCUCAUGCACUCGAGAGCUGGAGCUUCUGGUUAUGCUCUAGAAACGAAGGUGGCAAAUGCCCUGAUCACAAUGUAUGGACGAUUCGGAGCUCUCGAUGAUGCAACGAAGGUUUUCCAAGAGCUGAAAGACAAGAGCACCGUUUCCUGGAAUGCCAUGGCGUGGGCAUUUGCGUCCAAUGGUCGUGUAGACGAUUCCAGACGCUUGCUCGUUGUUGAUUGCUCAAACAGGGAUUUGAGUUCUUACAACUGCUUGAUCUCGGGGUUCUCCCUGAACGAUCGGCCCCAAGAAGCAGUGGAGGUGUUUGCGAUGCUGCUUUUGGAGGGCGAGUUUCAUCCAAACGACGUGAGCUUCCUCGCAGUUCUUAGCUGCUCGUACUUCAAAAGGAUUCGCGAUUUGAGAACCAUCUACAAUGUCGCGAGCGAGGCGGGCUAUCUUGCAAACACGAGGGUCGCAAACUCUCUCGUGAAUUGUUUUGGCAGAUCUGGAGCUCUUGACGACGCAACUUGCCUGUUCCGGCAGAUCACGAAAACGGCAAAUGCCGCCUCUUGCUGGAACGUCCUUCUCGGCGUCUACGUCGAAAGCAAUCUCCCACGCGAGGCCAUUCUUUUGUUUCGCGAAAUGGACGUGGAAGGCGUAAAGCUCGACUCCAUCACGAUGAUCCUGGCCGUCGAUGCCUGCCGGAUCGGAGGGCCCGGCGCCACCCUCUUCCGGCGCUCCAUCCACGACAGGGCCAUCCGUACGGGCUUUCUCCAGCAUGUGAAAGUCGCCACCGGGCUUGUCACCAUGUACGGCCAGUACGGCAUGGUAGGCGACGCUUUCCAGGUGUUCUGUUCGAUUCCCACCAAAAACCUCCUCGCGUGGACUGCGCUGGUAGUCGCAUUUGCCCGAAACGGGCAUAUGGAAAAAGCAUUGGAAGCGUUUCAACGGAUGGGAUUGGACGGCUGGCAGCCUGACGAGAUCGCCUUCGUCGGUAUCAUCUCAGCUUGUAGUCACGGCGGGCGCGUACGGGAGGGCUGGCGUUUUAUGGCCGAAAUGUACGGGGAGUUUGGCGUGGGCCAAAAGGAGGAACACUAUAGCUGCCUUGUCGACAUGCUUGGAAGGGCGGGGUUACUAGACGAGGCUGAGAGAUUUAUCCAGGAGGUGACUGUAAAUGUAAACCCCUGGAAGGGUAGAAGUUUGUUACUGUCCUGGAAAAGCCUGUUGAGUUCUUGCCGGGUUCAAGGUGACCUGGAGCUCGCCCACAGGGUUUUAACACAGGUAACUAAAGGUGUCACCUCCGGGUAA